GAGAUUAUGUCUUCCUCUUCUUCACCAUCGCUUAUUGCCGCUGGUCAAUUGCAUGAAGCCUCACCCACGCUUCAACACCACCUCCAGCUCAUAGUUCAAAGCCGGCCUGAAUGGUGGGUCUACGCCAUCUUUUGGCAAACAUCCAAAGACAGCGACGGUCGUGUUGUUUUCUCCUGGGGCGAUGGUCAUUUCCGUGGCACCAAGGACGCCGGCGUCGCUUCCAAAGCCGAAGAAGACCAAACCAAAAACAAUGCGAUCACCAAAGGAUUCCAAGUUCUUUUUGAUGAAGACAUGGACGUAGAUAGGCUAGUGGACGGCCAUAUCACUGACUCUGAAUGGUUUUACACCGUCUCUGUGACACGGUCAUUUGCUCUGCCUGAUGGCGUUCUCGGCCGCGCGUAUAGUUGCGGGGCGUACAUUUGGUUGACAGGGUACGACGAGCUUCAAUUCUACGAGUGCGAGAGAGUUGAAGAAGCUCGUAUGCAUGGCUUUCGGACAUUGGUUUGUGUUUCAACUUCUCGUGGGGUCGUUGAAUUGGGUUCUACCGAUGUCAUCAACGAAGAUUGGAGCUUGGUGCGGCUAGUGAAGUUGCUUUUUGGUUCUGAAACUAUUACUUCUUCUCCGGUCUGCAACGAGGAAAACCACGACAAUCAGGUACAAUUUUCCAUCUCUGAUAUUUAUCUUCUAAAUAUGGCAACGUCAUCACAAGCUCAGUUGCAAGAGAAGGUGCAAUCAGAGGGUGAUGCAAAAGAAGGGCCGGCGGGUUUUGGCCGUUCAUCGCCUGACUCGGUGCCUUCUGACUCUAAUAGUCUUUUUGCGUCCGAGCAGAGGAAGAAAAGAGGAAGAAAGCCAAUCAUCACUGGGCACAAAGUGGAAGCGGAGAGGCAGCGCCGAGAGAAGCUCAACCGUCGAUUCUAUGCGCUGCGGUCAGUGGUUCCCAAUGUUUCAAAGAUGGACAAAGCAUCUCUACUCGCUGAUGCAGUAGAAUACAUCAAUGAUCUCAAGGCAAAAAUUGAAGACUUGGAGGCCAAACUUAAAGAACGACCAUCCCAAAAGGCCAAUAUUUUUUACAAUCAAAGAAUCAACGCCAUGGUUGGUCACACAAGGCGGCAAUCAUCAAGCAGUUUCACUGUAACUACAAUGGAAAUGAAGGUGCAGAUUGUUGGAUCAGAAGCGUUGAUCCGAGUUCAGUGUCCCGGCGUGAACUACCCUUCUGCAAGAUUGAUGAACGCGCUUAAAGAUCUUGAGUUUCAAAUUCAUCAUGCAAGCAUAUCAAACGUGAAGGAGAUGAUGCUUCAAAACGUUGUGGUUAAAGUUCCGGAUGGAUUGAAAAGUGAGGAGGUCAUGAGAACUGCUAUUCUUCAAAGAAUGCAGAAUUAA